AAAUGAAGUUGGCGAAGUUACGUCUUGUCAGCUAAGACGAUCCAAAAAUACUUUUGCUGAAAAAUUAACCUUUUUUGAAGGUCUUAUACAUUACAGACAAUGUCCCUUAUAACCAGAAACGUAUUCCGUGCCUUGGUCCAGGGAACACAACAUGCCAGCAAAGGUUUGCACACGAGUGCGGUAAACUCUGACAAAAACGUAUGUUUCGCGCCACUUUCAAUCAGCACCUUGCAAACAAGCAAGGAGGGACGUAUCAAGUGCACACUUAUUCCCGGUGAUGGCGUCGGACCAGAACUUGUUUAUUCCGUUCAAGAAGUUUUCAAGGCGGCAGGCAUCCCCGUGGACUUCGAAUCCUUCUUUUUCUCCGAGGUGAACCCCACGUUGAGUGCGCCGUUGGAAGAUGUCGUAGGCUCCAUUGCAAGAAAUAAGAUUUGUAUAAAGGGUAUCUUAGCAACUCCUGAUUUUUCCCAUACUGGCGAGCUACAAACUCUUAACAUGAAACUGCGUAACGCUUUGGAUCUGUAUGCCAACGUCGUCCACGUUAAAUCGCUUCCCAAUGUGAAGAGCCGUCACCAGGACGUCGACUGCAUCAUCAUCAGAGAACAGACAGAAGGCGAAUACUCUGCCCUUGAACACGAAUCUGUGCCUGGAGUGGUGGAGUGUCUGAAGAUCAUAACGGCCGCCAAGUCGGAGCGUAUUGCGAAGUUCGCGUUCGACUACGCCGUGAAGCUGCGCCGGCGCAAGGUGACGGCCGUGCACAAGGCCAACAUCAUGAAGCUGGGCGACGGACUCUUCCUGCGCAGCUGCGAGGAGAUUGCAAAGCUGUACCCCCGCAUCCAGUUCGAGAAGAUGAUCGUGGACAACUGCACGAUGCAGAUGGUGUCGAACCCGAACCAAUUCGACGUGAUGGUGACCCCCAACCUGUACGGUAACAUCGUGGACAACCUCGCCAGCGGGCUGGUUGGCGGUGCCGGCGUGGUCGCCGGAGCCUCCUACAGCGCAGACUGCGCCGUCUUCGAGCAGGGCGCGCGCCACGUGUUCUCGGGCGCCGUGGGCAAGAACAUCGCCAACCCGACCGCCAUGCUGCUGUGCUCCGCCAACCUGCUGGCGCACGUCAACCUGCACUCGUACUCCAAGAUGAUCAAGAAUGCCAUUAACAAAGUCCUGACAGACGGAAAAGUCAGAACAAAGGACCUCGGUGGUCAGUCCACCACUAAAGAUUUCACAUACGCCGUCAUCCACUGCCUCACUACCUAAACCAAACAUACCAAAUGUAGACAAUUUACUCAUAGAGUAAUAAGCGUAAUUUAUUUAAAUGUUAUUUAUAUAUAUUUUUUGUUCUAAAAUGUGAUCUGUAAUCAAUAGACGGCAUAGUAACAGUAUUGUUAAGUAUUUAAUGUUACCAGAAAUAAAAUUCCAGAAAUUGGUUAA